AUGGCACCGGCUGUGUUCUUGUUGACAUGCGCUUUAGUUCUCAUAUCGCCGUGCUCAUUUGCUUCUGCUGAUGUUGUAGAGCACUCAUUUCAUGUGCAAAAUCUUACCGUGAACCGACUAUGCCGGAGACAAGUGAUCACAGCAGUGAAUGGAAGUCUGCCAGGCCCAACUCUCCGCGUACGAGAGGGGGAUACCCUGGUUGUCCAUGUCUUUAACAAGUCACCUUAUAACCUUACCAUUCACUGGCAUGGAAUAUUUCAGACACUGAGCGGUUGGGCGGAUGGACCUGGUUAUGUAACACAGUGCCCGAUUGUCCCCGGAAAUUGCUACACUUACAGGUUCAACGUCGCCGGCCAGGAAGGCACUCUUUGGUGGCACGCCCAUGUCUCUACGCUUCGGGCUACUGUUUAUGGUGCUCUUAUCAUUCGACCCAGGGCUGGUCGUACUUACCCUUUUCCCAAACCCUACAGGGAAUAUCCAAUCAUCUUAGGGGAGUAUUGGAAUGCAAAUGUUGUAGACGUAGAGAGACAAGGCUUAGCCUCCGGAGCUGCACCAAACAACUCCGACGCAUACACCAUUAAUGGCUUCCCCGGCGAUCUAUACCCCUGCUCUUCUAAUUAUACCCACAAGAUAAAGGUGAUAAAGGGAAAAACGUAUCUCCUGCGCAUCAUCAAUGCUGCACUCAAUAACCAACUCUUCUUCAAGAUCGCCGAUCACAACUUGACGGUUGUUGCCGUCGAUGCUUCCUACACCAAUCCUUACGUCACCGACGUCGUCCUGGUCGCCCCCGGUCAAACCACCGAUGUCCUGUUGACCGCCGACCAGCCGCCGGCACUGUAUUACAUGGCCGCGCGACCAUAUGCCAGUGCCGCCGGUGUGUCCUUCGACAACACCACUACAUCCGGAAUCGUGGCCUAUGAAGGCGCCACGCCAUCGACCCCUAGAAUGCCUGUCCUCCCGGCCUUCAACGACACCCCCACGGCCCACAAGUUCUAUUCUAAUUUAACUGGACUGGUCACUGGCCCAUUUUGGAGGCCGGUCCCUCGUGAGGUGGACGUGCACUUGUUCGUCACGGGUGGGUUGGGCCUGGCUGCUUGCGGAAAGAAUGCAACGUGCGGAGGCCCAUUGGGGCAGAGAUUAGCUGCGAGCAUGAACAACGCGUCCUUCCAAUUGCCCACCAAGAUGUCAUUGCUCCAAGCGCAUUACGAAAACGUGGGUGGAAUCUACACCACGGAUUUCCCCAGUCAACCCCCACUCAAGUUUGACUACACAAACUCCAGCAACAGCCUCAAUCGGGCCAUCAUAAUGACAACAAAGUCAACCAAAGUGACGAAGCUGAAGUUCAACGCCACGGUUCAAGUGGUGCUGCAGAACACGGCUUUCAUCGGAGCGGAAAACCACCCCGUCCACCUGCACGGAUUCAACUUCUACGUUUUGGCCCAAGGAUUCGGCAACUUCGAUCACGCCAGGGACAGUAAAAACUUCAAUUUUGACAAUCCACAAGAGCGCAACACCAUCGGGGUGCCGGCGGGUGGAUGGGCUGUUAUCAGAUUCCGGGCUAACAAUCCAGGUGUAUGGUUUUUGCACUGUCACUUGGAUGUGCACUUGCCAUGGGGUCUAGCCACGGCUUUCGUGGUAGAGAACGGGCCGACGCCAUCAACAACGCUGCCUCCGCCUCCCGCUGAUUUCCCCAAGUGCUGAUCACAGCCCCCACCAGGCCCCAAAGUCCAUCCGCUCACACCUCUUUGUUUUUUACGUAAUACAUUUGUUUGAUGACUUCUCUCAAGCAUAUUCUUUCUUGUGAUUCUUUGUUUGCUGGAAAAACAUAAUGCAGAAAAGGUUUGUUCAAUCAAUGCUGCUGCUGCUUAGUGAUUACCAUAAUUCCUUAUUAUGUAAAGUUCUUUUUCUUUUUAAAUUGUUCAUAAUAUUUUCCUGAGUGAAAUAAUAAAAUAUAUUCCAGAA